UGUUUAUUCAGUUGUUUCUCCGGCGAGCUGGCGCGUCGACGCGCUUUUAAAUUGAAUUUCUAGUAAUUAUGGUGAAAAUUCCUGUGCGAAAGUGUUGGUAUACGACUAAAGUAUGUUUUUUAUUGGUGCUAGUAGUGUUUCUUUUGACUACGCUUGAACAUUGGCGUAGUGGGAAGCGGUGGGCAAAUGCCGACGCUGAAGCCGACUAUGAGAGUCAAAUCCAAGAGGAUGAGGCUCGUAUUAUCCCUGGACUGGGAGAAGGUGGAGGAGCCGCUGUGCUGCUCGGGGAGGACAAGCUGAAGGGUGACGAGUCCGAGAAGAAAUUCGCCAUGAAUGUGUACCUUAGCGACCGGAUUUCCUACAACAGGUCCCUAAAUGAUUACCGCAACCCAGCGUGCCGCCGCGUGGUGUACGACGCGGAGCUACCAUCAGCGACCGUGAUCAUCAUAUUCCACAACGAGCCGUACUCCGUGGUCCUGCGCACGGUGUGGUCCGUGCUCAACAGCGCGCGCCGCUCGCAGCCCUGGUACAAGACGGCCAACUACAUCCGGAUGGACACCGGGGAGCGCAUGCACUUGGGUUACAAGGGCCAAUCCCCCACCUCGCCGUUCGUGUACCUGAAGGAGAUAAUCUUAGUGGACGACAACUCCACACUCCCCGAGCUGAAAGGCAAGCUCAGCUACUACGUGAAGACGCGGCUGCCGCCAGACAUGAUCAGGAUUCUCAGGCUGCCAGAACGUCAAGGCCUGAUAUUGGCUCGCAUCGCCGGCGCCCGCGCAGCUCGUGGAGAUAUGUUGGUCUUCUUGGACGCACACUGCGAGCCCGGGACUGACUGGCUGCGACCUCUACUACAGAGGAUCAAGGAGAAGAGAGACGCCGCCAUCACACCCAUCAUUGACGUCAUUGACGAGUCCACUUUUGGUGUUAACAUCGAUGGCCGGGUUACAGACUUUCAGGUCGGCGGGUUCACGUUCAAUGGCCACUUCACGUGGAUCGACGUGCCCGAGCGGGAGAAGAAGAGGAGAGGCUCUGACAUAUCACCUACGUGGUCACCCACUAUGGCGGGCGGUUUGUUCGCGAUCAACCGCGCGUACUACUGGGAGCUGGGCGCGUACGACGAGCAGAUGGGUGGCUGGGGCGGAGAGAACCUCGAGAUGUCCUUCAGGAUAUGGCAGUGCGGCGGCACAUUGGAGACGAUCCCGUGCUCGCGAGUGGGCCAUGUGUUCCGCGCGUUCCACCCGUACGGCCUGCCCGCCGCGUCCGACACACACGGCGUCAACACGGCGCGCAUGGCCGACGUGUGGAUGGACGAGUACGCCGAGCUGUUUUACUUACACCGCCCAGAUCUCAGGAAAAACCCUAAAAUCGGGGACGUGACUCAUCGCAAGGUGCUCCGGGAGAAGCUGCAGUGCAAGUCGUUCCGCUGGUACUUAGACAACGUGUACCCGGAGAAGUUCGUGCCGGUUCGGGACGUGACCGCUUACGGCAGGUUCAAGAACCCGCUGCACAACGUGUGCCUGGACACGCUGCAGCGCGAGGCGGCGGGCGCGGCGCUGGGCGUGUACGCGUGCCACGACUGGCUCACCGCCACGCAGUACUUCUCGCUGUCGCUGGCGGGGCAGCUGCGCGACGAGGAGCGCUGUCUGGAGGUCGCGCAUGACGGCGACGACGUGGACGGGCACCGCGUGCUGAUGCUGCCGUGCCAGGGCGGGCGGGCCGGCAUCAGGAAACAGAAAUGGACGCGCACGGGCGGGCAGCUGCAGCACGCGGCCAGCGGGCUGUGCCUGGCGGCCGGCGCGCCGGGCGGGGACGCGCGCGCCGCCGCCUGCGACGGCUCGCUGCAGCAGCACUGGCUGGUCGACUACACGCAGGAGAACGACUUCAGGAACACCGAGUACCAGGACAGCGGGUCGCGGGAGCGGCAGGAGCGGCUCAGGAAGCUGAGAGGACAACGCCGCAUCUCGCGCUCGCUGCUGUCGGUGGACGCCGCCCGCGCGGAGCCGCGCAGCAACGCCACGCACCGCCGCUCGCACCGCAAGCGGCACCGCAAGCGCUCCCACCGCAGGAAGAACAAGAACAAGUUCAUACUGCGCGUGGAGAGGACGCUGCCGCCCGUGCCCGGCCAGGCGUCCCCAUCAUGGGAACACUUAGAAGUGGACAUCCGUUGUUCCCACCGGCGUCUCUUCCCCAACGACUCGUUCGUGAGAGACCUGGUGACCGUGCUCAACCUCCACGACAUCAAGGUAAUAAACAACGGGCGCGUGUUCGAGCGGAACCGCGUGUCGCAACUAGCGCCCGAGAAACCCAAACCGGAGAUGGUGGCGCCACCUGUCGAGCAGAUACUCAGGUCUCCCCCGUCCCCCCCGCCGCCCCGCGCGCGCCCCCACAAGCGGCCGCGCCCCGGGCCCGGGUCCGGGUCCGCGUCGCCGCACACGCAACACAAGAUCAUCAUCGAAGACUUCGUGGAGGUCGCCACUGAUAAGCCUCUCAAGCCGUACCGUCUGCGCAAGCGCAACAAACACCAGAAGCAGCGGCGCCCGGUCUCCGCCCAGCCCGUCGCGCCGCCCCCCUCGCCCCCCGCUCCCCCCUCGCCCCCCGCGGUGCCGCCGUCCGCCAGGGACGCGCUGCUGGCGCUGCUGGGGGACAAGAUCGAGAAGGCCACCAGGCAGGAGAACAAGGAGUCGAACCGCGAGUACGAGAUCCGGCACGCCCCCGCCGCGCCGCGCUCCUCCGCCGCCGAGGACGCGCCCGGCGCCGCGGCGUCCAGCGUGGAGACCUGGGACGCGGGCGAGACGCAAUCCCUCCACAACAGCUCCCUGCGGCGAGACUUCCCCGGCUCGAGCAGCUCCGAGCGUGCUCGCCAACAAGCUCGCAGCAUGCUCAGCACGUACCACGACCGGGACACUCUCAGUCAGGAGAUCAAUGACGAGAUUAGACGAGUGCACGGCGAAAAGAAAUUCCGCGCUCUCCCGUCGGACGACGACCCCGACAAGAACCGCGUGUCCGAGGAGGCCGAGCCGCUCGCCGAGCAAGCUGGCGAGCACACGCCGAGCGCGCACGCCAAGCCCGUCAAAGUCACUAUGAGGAACAACUUCACUUUCAAUAUUGGAGACGAGUUCUUCGCGUGGAGAAGCAAUAGUGAUGAUGUUGCCGACAUCCUGGGCGAGCUGGCGAUCCCGCCGAACUCCCCGCCGCCGUCGCCGCCCAUCGAGGCCUGGGUGCGGCCCGCCGCCGCCACGCGGCCCCCGCCCGACCGCGAAUGGACUCAGGACUCUGAAUCGAACGAAGGCAACCUGAAAGUGAUAAACGGCCGCCUCGCCCCCGACGAGGACGACUCCAACACCGCGUCGCGGUCUGACAGCGCGGAGUGAAAGAGGGGUGCUAUAAGGCGGCCUUUUCGCCACAGUGUGUCGUGCGGGGAUGUGUAGCAGAGCUGUGUGAGAAAUGCGCUUGAUCUAUGUCUGUAAACUGUCUGAUAUGGUAUUCAUUAGCGACCCGACCCGGCUUAACAACGGGUAGCAAUUAUACAUAUGGACCUUCUUUUAAUGAUUCUAUCUAUUAAAAAAAACUGCUUCAAAAUCCCUUGUAUAGUUUUAAAGAUCUCAGCAUACAGACGCGGAAGCGAAUUUACUUUAUACUAUAUAGUUAUUAAACAAACAUCGCAACGCAUUACUCGCAACACAUUUCUCGCAAACUUUUUGUACGUACUAAACCCGCAUUCCACUAAUCUGUUAUUAUUUUGUUAAUUCUACGAGGCAAAGUGAAUGAAGCGAUUCUAUUGGUUCAUCAAGAAUAUCUGUCACUACGCGUCCUCACGCGUCUGGUGUAGACGCCGCCUAAGCCGCCGCACCGCCACGGUACACGGCACCAUAUUGGGUCCUAUUAAUUUUAAUGUGUCACUGGAAGACUGCAUAACGAUUUGCACAAUUAUUGUAAUAGAAAUGCCAUCUGUGAUUAUGUCCCCGAGGAGGACGACUCCAACAGCGCGUCUCGAGCUGAUAGCGGGGGGAGAGUGGAGGGGUGUUAUAAUAUGUAAAGUACAGACAUAGAAUUAAAAACAGUUCAUGCAGGUGUCCUAUUAUUUAAUUAUUUACUGAAACGGCUCGAGUAGUGAUUAUUGUCUUAAGCGCUAAAGAUAAUAGUUACCUACUUUAUUUGUGACCGUGUAAUGCGAGUAUUUUGCAUAAUCGGCAUUUGUGGGCUUCCGACGCAAAGGAAUGCCCGAAAAAUGCUACAUACUUUAUGACACAGUAAAAUGAACGAUUUUCGUUGGAAGUCGAUCGUCAGUGAAACUAUUGUACAGUUCUUGUUGCAGCCAAAUAUUAUAUUUUCUUAUAGUUAUUUUUUUAAGUUGUAACAUGUCCCUAAGAUGGCAUAGAAGUGUAGGAAUAAAAUCUUAUCUAUAUAUUAUUAUAUUUACUAUUUGAAUCUCAAUUCCAUCAUGAAGCCAUACAGCUGAACGUGGCCUUUCAGACACCUCGCGAGGGAUAUAGACUGUAUGUAUGUGUGCAUAACAUCGAAAAUAUAUUUAAUUAUUUUUUUAUUAAAUGGAGUGAAUAAGGUCUUCAUAUUAUAUUAUGUAUGGUCAGCAUCUUUAAAUCGAAGAUCUAAUUUUUUAAAUCUUAACCGUGAUUUAAUUUAUUUGUGUAAUUAAAGCGAGCUCAAUAAAAUUCAUUCAAUUUGGUAUUCCGAUUUUACCGACAUUCAGGAAAGAAUUAAAUUUAAGAGCUUUUAAAAUUUCUACAUAUGUAUAUUAAUUGAAACUAACACUACAAUUUGUAAAUUUUUUGUUUGAAAUAAUUUGUAUAUUUUUUUAAAGGAAGUUUAUAAUUUACAGUGAGUUACACGAAUAAGUAUACUUCCUUGAUACACUACCUUAAGAAAUGCUUAGAUGGUCAGGUCGAGGGGAAGAAUCAAAGCAGGUUGACUAAGCAUAUAUACAAUGUAUGUAUGUAUACUCAACCAAAGAUGUAAAAAUGAUAUACUUAUCUGUGGCUCACUGUACAGUACAAUUUGACGUUAAUAUAUUAAUUGCGUUACUAAUAUUAGUAAAUGUUGGUGCUCACAAGUGUACUUAUUAGGUAAUAGAUGUUCACAGUAUUCUUAUAACAGAUUUAAGAUAUUUCUAUUCGUGAAAUAAGAUUUAAAAUGAUUUGAUUUCGCGAAUUAAAUUUAUAAAUUCAAAGACUAAAUUGUACGAUAUUUUCUUUUUGUGCCGAAUGGUUUCAGGCAAUUUGAAAUAGGACCACUCCAUAUCAUUCCCUUGGAUAAACUUGGGAUUCCUCUUGUAGGCGAUGGGCUAGCAACCUGUCACUAUUUGGAUCUCAAUUUCAUCAUACAGUUAACAAAUUGAACGUAGUCUUUUAUUGUUUUCUCUGGAUACGGCAUGAAAAUGAUGAUGAGCACGGCUCGGUCACCCAGGUACUUUGUGUUAAAUGAUGGUAAAUAAUAUGUUCAGAUCGCGGUUUAUAGAGAAAAUUAUAUAAUGGUGUGAAUUAUCUUUAAUAUGUAUUUUGGUGCACGCAAAAUUUAUAAGUUAAGUAAUUAUUAUAUUUUUUGAUUUCAAUGGACGACUAGACAAAUUAGGUUCUCUUAUUUUUCUGUAAAAACAAAUUAUUUAGAAUAAGUAGUCUUCGCUAGUGAUUUCUCAAACAACUGCAUUUUUUUCUUUGAUUAGAUUUAUGACAGGCUGUUUUGUGUUACUAAAAUGAGAUUUAAAUGUAGAAGUACUUAAAACUACUCGAUUAUAAUAAAAAAACUACUAAUAUUGGAUGACAUAUUAGAAAAAGAUAAAAAUAAAUUUGGGUUAUUGUUUUGUAAAAUAUAAAUAGUAUUAAGUUCUUAUUUUAAUGAAAUUAUAAGAAUACCAAUAUAUUUUUGUCCAUAUGCUUACUGUGUUGAUAAGAAUUAAUAACUUACUAGGUAGUUUAAGAUUGCUCAAUAUCUUUGUUUUGUGGGAAUUGUUGUAAAAUGUUGCAAUAAAUGUGU